CCCGGUGUGGCCCUGAUGGUUUUCUUGGUAUUUGAUCCACGGCCCGCCCCUUUCCUCAUACUCCGCGCUGCGCCGCUGCGCACACUCGGCGCACCAGCGGGGCAGUACGGCUGCACCACCGGCUCACUCGGACCACAAGAACCUGAAAUAUAUUUCUUUUGGAAACAUAAUUAAACCGGAGUCAACCAGCCUCCUGUUGAUCGUGCUGCAGUUUCCUUUGAAUCAGAGCCAGUGGAGCAGCUGACCAGGGGGGUGGCAGCCAGGCCUUGCCCAAAAAGAGGCACACUGCCGUGGGUAACGGAGGAGAUGAAGGAUUAGAGGAUAAUCCAGGAUGGUUCCAUGGUGCGACCACAGAGCCGUUUGCAGCUGGACUCAGACCUAUUUCUGAGCUGAUGUCGACAAAGCCAAAGCCCAAGGCAAGUGGGGGAAAACCAGGCAACCUGACCACACUACAACUGGCCCAGCUGCUUCCAAGAACACAACUGCACAGUGUUCUCCCCAAUUUAUGUCCGUUUAAUUCAGCCAGCUAUGCAUAACGACAGGCUCCAAAGAGUGGGACAGAGUUUGGCCUGCACAUGAUAAACAGAGAUAAUAUUCCAGUGAAAUAUUUGGUGUCAGAGGCCUGGAGUUCAACUUUUCAGUCUUUUUUUUUUUCAACAAAUUACACAGUUUCAAGGUCUUGGAAUUAUCCUUUUAUAGCUGUUUUUACAUCCAUAAUUUGGACUGCUGAACUGUCAGCAAUUUUGUCAUAAGCCUAAGAGGAGAAAAGUGGAACUUUGCAAGUUCAGCUUUGCCCUUCCGUGGGAUUAAAGGAAAUUUCUGACAUAAUUUCAGGCUGAUUUCCAAGAAAUAUUCACUCACCUCUUUUGACCAUGAAUCUUCAGGAAAAGCUGUCAGGCCUAAAAGGUCUGGUCUCACACUCCCACAGCAAGCGGCGCUUUAAAGGGGACCUCACUUUGGACAUGAUCAGCCCCCCUCUGGGUGAUUUCCGCCACACCAUGCACGUUGGCCGAGGGGGUGAUGUGUUUGGGGACACCUCCUUCCUCAGUAACCAUGGUGGCACAGCCAAUGGGAACAAUGGGGAAACGGAUUCUAUCUCCACCCCUGACAACAAGAUUGGAGCAUUCUUCUCCAGGACGCUCCGUCAAAUCAGAAGGAGCUCAGACAACCGACCCAGAGAAGUAUCCAAGGAUCUGUCGCCACCACCUCCUGCCAUUUCUCCUAUUAUUAAGAAUGCCAUCUCCCUUCCCAGGCUGGAUGUGGACUUGCCGAAUGGGAGUCCAACCACUAAAGUGCUCUUUCCCAGUUCUCGAAGCACGCCAGAGGAGAAGAAAAGCUCUUAUGGUCUGGAGUCUGGUUUCGUCACUCUGCCUCGCCUCUCUCGCUCUGAGCGUCAGCAGCCUUCCAUCUCCCUCCCCACCUCUUGCUCCCCUAACAUCCACCGUGGCUCUCUGACCGACCCCAGCGAUGCCAUCUUAUCCACCUGUGUGACCACUGACUCCAAACCCACCGCCUACUCUGACUCCCUUCCCUCCCUCACCUCCCUGGAUACCUUCACCUUUGACCUCGGCCCCUCCCUCAUGAGUGAGGUGUUCGGCCUGAUUGAUGGUCACUCGGAGGAGCAUGGCCACGCCUGGGAGGGUGAGGAGGCAGGAUCAGCAUGCGGGCUGACCAACGAGGGAUCAGAGAUGGACUCAGCUACUAUCUCAUAUGUGGAUUCCCUGCUGAGGGAGGACUGCAGCAGCAGGAAGAGCCCACAUGGAGCCGAAUGGGAAGAAGAAGAGGGAAGCUUGAUGGAGGUGAACGGAGUUGGGCUUUCUAUUAAAGUACCUGAUGUGGUGAUGGGAUCUCCUGAAAGAGUGAGGUUGGGGAUGGGGAUGGAGAGUGAGCGGUUCCAGAGUGCUACAGAUGUGCUAGCACGCCACUAUGGCGUUGGCCUUUUGAAGGGACAGAGCAAGAUGGAGGAAGCAGAUUCAGAGAUGAUGAUCACCAGCCAGCCCAAGAAGAACAUGUCCUACAGUUACAUGGAAGAUGAAGAUGAAAUCAAAGUCUGAGCCGAGUAAAAUCAAGUAAAUGUUUUGACGCUAAACUAAAAAAGUCUUUAUCUCAUGUAUGAUUUCUCUGUAGCUCCCAUCAAAUCAGCCAUUUUAUGGUCAGUGAGGCUGGUUCUUUUGAAAGGAUGACCAUGAAAAGAAGAACAUGAAUCAAUGUCCUUAAUAUUAUCCUUUACUUUUAUACAAUCAUGUUUCAAGGAUGUACAGUUGUGAUGUAAGACUGCUGCUGAAUGUAUCUAAAAGGAGUGAAAGACUUGAAGCUGCAUGUUUCAGAGCCCAGCACCGGGACCGAGAAUACUUUUUUCAAAAAGUCAUGACUUAAAAGGAGCGAAACAAAGAGGAUGCGUGGAAAGUGAGGAUGUCCUAAAGAAUGUGGUUAAGAUUGUCUCAAAGGAAACACCAACAUUACACAAUGCAGACGUCACAAAGCAUGUCAUUCACUUUAUACUUUACACACUUCCUCACAAACAAGGGGAAAAGAGUCUCAGCCAGACUCCUGAUCACUAAUGAGAACACAGAGGAAGCGAGGAUUAGAAAAAUGUAAUGAGACUCAUUGCAGCCUCUUUCAUGAUCUUCACUACCAUCUCUUGUCAUCGUUACACUCAGGAAUACACUACCAUGAAACAAAAAAGGGAAAGGAAAUAAGAGAUCUGGAAUCUCAGGCCUCAUACCAGAGAAAUCUGCAUGGACUGAGGGAAUAUGACAAUUAUUACCGGUAUUUGCUAGUUACAAAUAAAGCCUAAACCAUAUAAUUGCUCAUUUUAAGCUGCAGACCUUCUAUAUAGUGCACCUUUAUGAUUAUGAAAUCUAACUCCUGUAUUGCUUUUUAUAGAAGACUUGUCAUUUAUGUGUUCAUGAAGAUAUUAACUGACCUCCCUAUAAAUACAUGCUUACAAUAUGAGCACCCACAGUAGUGCAGUUCACAUCCAUAUGCUGCAGUCAGUACCAAUGAUAUACCAUGAUGUUAUGACCUGACAAUAAAGGUGUUUUUAAAUAGGUUGAA